GAAAAAAAGUGGGUAAUUACAGAGCCCUCCAAGCCUUUCUCUCUCAGUCUCCCUUCCGCUUCAACUCUGAGCCCAGGAACAGCCCCUUCCCCAGAUGUCCCUCCACCUUCCCUAACCUCCACCCCCCCGCCCCCCACAUCCGCCGUAAAACGAGAGAAGGUUGUGCUAGAGAGGGGGGAAGGCUAGAGGAGUCGGAGUCGGUGGAACGAUGGGUGAGGGGUUGGGGAUGGGGGGGGGGGCGCAGAAAGCACGGAGUCUUGGGCCACCACGUGACCCUCACCACUCAGGAAUGCGGUGAUGUCAUCGGGGGCGUGGCUCUCCCCAAAAUUGGAGAAGAAGAAAAAAGAGAAGGCAGAAAGUUUCUUCUCUUCGAGCUGAAUCCGGAAUCGAGUUGGAGGACGGAGAAAGAGUUUACUCCGGUGAGCGUUGGAGGAAAGCGACUCCAGACUUCCCAGGCGCCUCUUCACUCCUGGGGAGACUCUCCUUCCCUACCAUGUCUGGCCCCACCUGGCUCCCCCCGAAGCAGCUAGAGGCAGUCAGGCUUCCUCAGGGAAAAGUACUCCUGCGGGGUAGUCCUGGCCCCUCAACCCACGGAACAGAGCAAAGUUAUCAGGCCCCAGGCCGACAAGAAGAACGGGGUGCAGUCCAGGGGAGAUGCCCCGGAGCCUCCCAAAGCAUACAGGGACUUCGGCCAGAUAGGGGAGCCAUGCACCUGGGAAGUCUGGAUGCAGAGAUAGAUUCUCUGACUAGCAUGCUUGCUGACCUGGAUAGUAGCAGGGGCCAUGCCCCAUGUCGCCCAGACAGACAGGCAUAUGACCCCCUUCGACCCCCUCCCAAUCGCAUGAAUCAUCUGAAACCAGGUGGAGGAGUGAACCCUCCACCAAGAGUCCCAGUCCCAUCUUAUGGGGGCCCUACCCCUGCCUCCUAUACCACUGCCAGCACUCCAGUUGGUCCUGCCUUCCCAGUGCAGGUGAAGGUGGCUCAGCCUGUGAGGGGAUAUGGUCAGUCCUGGCGGGGUGUCCCUCAGGCCUCCAGCCCACCCUCAGCUCCUUACCUUCCUUCUACCAGUUGGACUGAGUCCUGGGGGGGUUCCUAUGGGAGUCACAGAGAACUCGGAGCCAAAGAGGAGAGUGUGGGAGCCUCUGGUCCAAGAGGAGGAAGAAGAACAGGAGGAUAUAUACCCAAGGCUGCCCCUGGGAGAGCACCCCCUGAAGAAGAGCUGGAAAGACUAACCAAGAAGCUGGUGCAUGAUAUGAACCACCCACCCAGUGGGGAAUACUUUGGCCGAUGUGGAGGCUGUGGAGAGGAUGUGGUAGGGGAUGGUGCUGGAGUUAUUGCACUUGACCGUGUCUUCCAUGUUGGCUGCUUUGUCUGCUCCACAUGCCGGGCUCAGCUUCGGGGCCAGCACUUCUAUGCAGUGGAGAGGAAGGCAUAUUGUGAAGGCUGCUAUGUGGCUACCCUGGAAAAGUGUUCCAUGUGCUCCCAGCCUAUCUUAGACCGGAUCCUACGGGCCAUGGGGAAGGCUUACCACCCUGGCUGUUUUACUUGUGUUGUGUGUCACCAAGGUCUUGAUGGCAUUCCCUUCACAGUGGAUGCCACAAGCCAGAUCCACUGUAUCGAAGACUUCCACAGGAAAUUUGCUCCUCGAUGUUCUGUGUGUGGUGGUGCCAUCAUGCCUGAACCAGGGCAGGAGGAGACUGUGAGGAUUGUGGCCCUUGAUCGAAGUUUCCACAUUGGUUGCUACAAAUGCGAGGAAUGUGGACUGUUGCUAUCAUCAGAGGGAGAGUGUCAGGGCUGCUACCCCUUGGAUGGUCAUAUCCUGUGCAAGAGCUGUAGUGCUUGGAGAAUACAGGAGCUCUCGGCCACUGUUACCACCGACUGCUGAGACUCUCCACAAUUGUGACCUCUCAUCAUGCUCUCCUAACAUCCCUCCAUCCAUCUUGCUUCCACUUACAACUAGAUGCUAAGUCUCAUGCCCCUUAUCCCCAAUUUUCAUCACAUAAGUGCUGAGCCCCAGAACUACUUCCCUUGCCUAUGAGGGGAGCAGGAAGUGCUGGAUCUGUGGGAGGGAGUGAAGAAAAAUGCAGAGGAGGUUGGGUUGGUGCUGGUGGGGCUAUCAAGGGGAACAGACCAGAGAGCUAAAUGCUUGGUUUCCAGGGUUAUUGGAUAUAUGAGUUCUUAGAGGAAGUUGAACUAGAAAGCUGAUCCUGAGGUUUGCCCAGCUAGGGAAGAGUGCUACCCUAAAGGAAAGUGUUUCAUGGGUUCUCUUUUUGGAUCAUGCAAAAGUCCUGCCUUCUGCCACAGAAUGCCUUCUCUAGAGGAAAUCUUUCAAGCCAGCCAAGGCCCCAGAUCUGGCAGUACAAAGAAAUGGAGAAAAUGACAGUGACUUCUCCUAAUCACAGAUUCGCAGAAUGGAUUUCAGCUCCACUCUUACAUCAGUCUUCUGGUCAACAAGCAUUUAUUAAGGACCUACUAUUUGCUAGACACUGUGGUAAAGCACUGGAGAAAAACCACAUAUACAAACGAGCUAUAUACUGAUUAUGUUGGAGAAUAACCACCAGAAUUAAAGGGAAUUAGGAAAGGCUUCUAGUGGAAGGUGGGGAAGCUGGGACUUGAAGAAAUUCAGGGAAGCCAGGAAAUGGAGAUAAGGAGAGAGAAUUGUUGGCAUGGGGAAUGGCCUGUGAGGUUGCAUUCAGUAGGGAAAUGGAAUAUUUUGUGCAAGGAAGAGUAAGGAGGCCAAUGUCACUGGAUCGCAUAGUACUUGGAGUUGAGUAAGGUAUAAGAGGAUUAGAAAGGUGAGAAAGGGCCAGGUUGUGAAAACCUUUGAAAUUUUAUAUUUCAUCCCAGAAGUAACAAGGAACUAUUGGAGUUUAUUGAGUAGACAUGGUUAGACCUAUGGAAAGGUAGAUUUUUUUAAGAAGUAGACUCAAGGCAAAGUCUAUCCAUAAGGUUAUUAUAAUUUGUUAUUGUUGUUUAUUUGUGUCUUGACUCUUCAUGACCUCACAACCAUAAUACCACAAUUCUGUCCUUGGGGUUUUCUUGACAAAGAUACCACAAUGGCUUGCCAUUUCCUUCUCUAAUCUGCUGUUUCCUUCUCCAGUUAUUGUAAUAGUCUUGAACAAAAAAUUCCUUUAUAGCAGUGGUUAGAAUAGUACCUAGCACAUAAUAGGCACUUAAUAAAUGUUUUUUUGUUUGAUAACUAACAGGAAGCCAUCCAAUUAUCAGCGAAGGAUAAAACUACCACCUUCAAUACCAGUUCUUUUUGAUAGUUUGAAUUAUUAUUGACGUUGAAUUACAUCCUUAUAUCAGGCAUGAUUUUCCUCUUUUGGGGCUAUUAUUCACUGUUCCUAGUUCUGCCCUGAGACCAAGCACAAUAGUUUGUAAAGAAUCCUGAAUUUAGAGUUAGAGCCCAGGGUUUGGGUCUACUACUUUGUGACUUUGAGCAGAUAAAUCACUUGAACAAGAUGGGCUCCAGGAUCCCCUGCCAUUGUAAAUCUAUUGACUAAGGAAGGCAAUUAUAUUACCUUCUGUCUUUUCUUCCUUGACUAAAAAAGCUCCAAUUCAAGUUCCCACAUGGUAGGAUCAUGAGGCCCUGUCCUACUUCCCCUUCCCCACCCUGUCAUACUGUCUUUAAUGACUAACUUCCACUUAACUUCUCCAUCCUCAAGUUGCCCCAGUAGAGUGGCAUAUUCUCAGUGGCUUUAUUAAGCUCCUCAAGGCUCUACUUCUGGUUUGCAUUUGCUUCCAAGGAGAGGAAGAGAUCCAUCAUAUUCAAAAUGGGAGUUAUUUUAAUUAUGGGGGAUAUCAAGUGUUCCUGCUGGUCAGGGCCAAUGCUUCCCUCCUCCCUGAAGGUAUUCCCCUUCUCUCCCAGGAUAUCAGGAUCCUCCACAGAAGAUGCUGGUAAGGAUAAGUUUGUAACUGCUUAAUUCAUAAUUUUUGAGUAGGAUAGAAAUCUGGAUUUCUUUUUUAAAGAGAGCUAUGACCUUGAUGGUGCAGGUAAAUAUAGGGGGAUAUUGUGGAACCAAUAAAAGAAUUCUACGAUUGAAUGAUACCUGGUUCUGUGGUAGGAGCACAAAAUUGUGGUGGGAAGUUGAGAUAGAAUAGUUGUGGUACACCUUACACCACUCUGCUUCCAUCUCCAAUGAGCCCCACCUUCAUCCCUCCAAAAGAAAAAAUCCUGACCUUAUACCCAGCCAGUAUUUAAAGAUUGAAGAAAGUUGGUGCUGUGUGUCUUCUCCCAGGUCAGGGGAACAAUUCUACCUCCUUUACAUCAGGGUGGGAGUAUUUCCAAAGAAACUACAUCCUGGAGAUGAGGCACUGAAAGGAAGGGAGAUGAAUGACCAGAAGUUCUGUGAGAAAUGGUCAUAUAUUGAAUUUCCAAUAAACUGUUGCUUGGAGAGGUUGGAAGUAAGGGGUUGAUGUCUGAGAAUCAGUGAGAGGAACUACCAAAUGAAGAAGAGACAAUAAGCUCAAAGAUGGGUCUAGUCUUCAAGAAACUGCCCAAGAGAUAAAGUUUAGGACAGUUCGAAAGGAGUGUACAUGGGAAAAGAAACCUUGGUUGAAGAGCUCUAAGCUUCCUGCAUUCCACCUGAAUUUCAAAGAAGGUGAUUUCUCCUUUUCUCCAUUUAUUAACUCUGCCCCUCCAUCUGUGUCUGGCUUCCCACACCCUUCUCCCUUCCUGGAACAGAGGAAUGAGGAAGGCAAGAAGAUUAGCUACUCCAUGUCUUUCCAUAUGGGAUGCAGUCUGGUUCUAGUCAGAAUUAUAUUAAGUUCCCAAGUUCUAUUCUUCAUGCAUAUUCCUACCUUCCUUUAGUUGAGUGAGCCCCAAUACUGGCCUCUUGAGUAGGAAGUCUAUAUAUCUCAGCUCUUUUCCAUCCCCUUCUCACAUAGAAGAGUGAAUUGAAGUCAAGAAGAAAAUUUUGAAAACCUAGAAUUUAUUAAUUCUAUAAGUUUCUCCCUGCUAAUGUCUAGCAAACUUGACUGUCACGAUGAAAAUCCCUUAUGACCCUUCCCUAUGCUGGCUGUUGCUUGAACUAAUCAACUCUGUCCUAGGAGGAAUAACUGAAAGCAUAUUCCCAGUUGCCACUUUCUGAAACCUCUGCCAACACAAUUCAUCUACUCCUUUGAAGUUCAUACAAUUAUCUUUGGAGAGAGUACCAAGAUCCUCCUGUGAGGUUAACUGGCAAGAUUAAUUCAGGGUUUUUUAGUUUUCAGGUCCACAUUCUCCUUUUUUUACUCCCUCCAAUUGAGAAAGUUAAAAAAAAAUUAAAUCCAUUAUAAACAUGUAUAAAUAAAUUAGAACAUUGGCCAUUAAAAUAAAACAAAACAAAACUUUGAGCCCAGGAUCUCUCUAUCUGGAAGUGAGUAGCAUGUUUCAUCCUGAAUCCUUUGGAAUUGUGGUUGGUCAUUGUUCUGAUCAGUUUCUAAGUCUUCAGAAUUGUGUGUCUUAAUAAUAUUGUUAAUGUAUAAAUGUUCUGACUCUGCUUACUUCAUUUUAUAUCAGUUAAUACAAGUCUGUCCAGAUUUCUUUGACACCAUCCUUUUAGUGGCAGUCAGGAUUGAGAGCCAGGCCUAGAAAGUUAAAAUCUGGUCUCAGAUACUUCCUAGCUGUGUGAUCCUGGGCAAGUUACUUAACCCCAGUUGCCUAUCCCUUACUGCUCUUCUGCCUUAGAACUGAUAGUAUUGAUUCUAAGAUGGAAGAUUAAGGGUUUAAAAAAAAAAAGAAACCAUCCUUUUAUUGUUUCUUGUACCACAAUAGUAUCCCCUCACAUUUAUAUACCACAAUUGAAGGACACCCUUCCAUUUUCCAGUUCUUUGCCACCAUAAAAAGAACUAUAAAUAUUUUUAUACAUAUGGGUGCUUUUUUUCUUUGAUCUCCACCAAUCACCAGAAGUUUCUGGUAUGAUGGUUGUAUUCAUUCAGUAGCCUAGGUCCUAUAAUCCUCUUGCAUUGAUUAAAGAACUUCAUCCCAACAAAAGGAACAAAAUGUAAACACUCCUGAAUAGUUUCUAUAAUCUCAGGUUAAUAUAGAAUAUAUUCCCAUAAAUUCCAGUGACUCCUUAUUUCUUCCAGGAUCAACUAUAAAAUCUGCUUUGUAUUCAAAGCCUUCCUCCUACCUUUCUAAUCUUCUUAUCAAACAAAUAAGAAAAUUUAAAUAAGCCAAUAACUCCACUAGAAAACUAUAAAUGCAAUAGGUCAUUUAUUAUUACAAAAUCAAUAAAAAUCACAUGAUUAUAUCUAUUUACAAGAAAGGCUUCCUUUUUUUAGAUUGGGUAAUUGGGUUAUUUCAAUUCUCUUGUAUUGAUCAUCUGAGUAUUGUUUUUUGUGGAUGUUUACCCACUUAAAUUAUUACUUUUGCUAACAUAAUUGGGCAAAACAGUUAGCAAUUUAAGAAAUUUCCUCUUCAAUUGAUGUAAUUUUUCCUUUUUUACUUUGAAUUUGGUAUUUUGAUUUUCCUUUUUAUUUUUAUCAAAUUAAAUAAUGGCUUGUCUUUUUUCUUUACAAAAUCAACUCCUGGUUUAUGUGUUUACCAUUUUAGUUCUUAAAGCUUGUUUAUUUCUCCUUUGAUUUUUCUGAAUUUUUACUUUGGGUUUUAGUUAGGUUUAAAUUUUGUUGCUUUUUUGAAGUUAUUUUAGUUGCAAGCUCAAUUCAUUGAUCUGUUCAUUCUUUUGUUAAUGAAAGUGUUUAUAGACAUAUACUUUUCCCUUUAGGACUAUUUUGGCUACAUCUCAAAAGUUUUGGAAUGUUGUCUUAUUAUUGUAAUUUCCUUUAAUGAAAUUUGUUUCUAUGAUAUUUGAUCCACCAAUUUUUUAGGAUUUACCAUUUAAGUUUGAUUUUUUUUCUUCAAAGUCCUUUUGUUGAUCAUAAUUUUUGUUACAUUGUGGUCACUUAAUGUAGCAGUACAUCCCAUAGGUAUUAUGGAGAGACAAGGAUUGUGAGUGAGCACAUGGCCAUCCUGCGCAUGGCAAUGGGCUAUAUUCCCAGCAGUGGCUGAAGUUAAGGCAAGAAACCUUGCUUCCUCCUAACCCCACCUUCACCUUGUCAUAAUUUGCAAUUAUCCAAUGGCAAUACACUAUGUAACUCAUUCAUAUGUAUUGAGGCAUCAUGUAACUGAUCAAUAUGUAUUGAGCUCAUUUGUAUAUCAAAGAGAAUAAAAGGAACGGGACACAGCCAGCUCGGCCACUUGGAGGACUUCGACAGGUUUACAAAGGAGCAACUUCUCCCCUUUCUCUCUCCUCUCUAUCUUUCUCCCUGAGGCCUGGCCUUUCGGUCAGGCCUUCCUGUCUCUCUCUCUUUAGCCAAUGCUAAUACCUAACUCCUUUAGUUUCUAAUCUCCUUUCCUUCUGAGCUAGCAUUAUCCUCUGACCAGUGCAGUAUUAAAUUGAGAUCAUUGGAUGGAAUAGCCUGAAUAGUAACGUCCAGUGGUCAGAGCAGGCUGUGGCUCCCGAAUAUCAAUAAUUGA